AUGUUAAGAUUUUGCUUGAGAAAAAAUCUUCCCUAUGCAAGGUUAUUGUCUACUCAGACUGGAAGGAAGUUAGAAAACAAGGUGGCGCUGAUAACCGGGGGAGCUAGUGGAAUAGGAAAAGCAGCCGCAACAAAAUUCAUCAACAAUGGAGCAAAAGUAAUCGUAGCUGAUAUCGACCAACAACAUGGCCGAGAGACUGUGAAAGAAUUAGGACCUAAUGCAACUUUUGUAGCUUGCGACGUCACGAAAGAAUCAGACAUAUCAAAUGCAGUGGAUUUCGCGGUUUCUGAAUACAAACAACUUGAUAUCAUGUAUAACAAUGCAGGGAUACCCUGCAAAACUCCUCCAAGCAUUGUUGAUCUUGAUCUAGAAACGUAUGACAAAGUCAUGGACAUUAAUGUUCGCGGUGUUAUGGCUGGGAUCAAGCAUGCUGCACGAGUAAUGAUUCCGCGCGGAACUGGAUCCAUUCUAUGCACUGCUAGUGUCACCGGUGUGAUCGGAGGGAUGGCACAACAUACCUAUUCGGUAUCGAAGUUUGCGGUUAUAGGCAUUGUUAAAUCUUUAGCUUCAGAGCUAUGUAAGCAUGGAAUCCGAAUCAACUGUAUUUCACCUAUUGCCAUACCUACUCCUUUCGUCAUGAACGAAAUGAAUCAGAUAUAUCCGCAUCUUGAGUCUCAGCGACUUGAAGAAAUUGUUCGUAAUGUUGGUGUACUAAAAGGAGCAAAUUGUGAACCGAGUGAUGUUGCUAACGCAGCACUUUACCUUGCAUCUGACGAUGCUAGGUAUGUUAAUGGACAUAAUUUAGUUGUGGAUGGAGGUUUGACAUCUUUUAAGAGUUUGGAGUUUCCUGCACCAGAUCAAAUGCAGUAG